AUGGUAGUAAUUAUAGUUUUCAGCGUUACCUCGUCCAAGAAGAACGGAGCGGUGACUGAUGUGAUCACGGAGCUGUCAACUACUCCAAAUACUGCAACCCAUCCUUUUGCUUCCUCAUAUCCAUUUCCAACAGCACAUAAGGCUUUUGAAGAAUUUAGUAAUCGGGCCACGUUCAAAGACAUCACGAGGGACUCAAAGCACCUCGGUUUUGAAAAGGACUCUGGAGUUUCUUUACUGCCCACUUCUAAUGAUGUUAACUGGACAAUCAGCUCGAAUCAAUCUACUGCAUUUCCCUUAAAUGAUAAUUUUGAUAAGCAAUCUCGAGCUAUUGUUCGACAUUUCGUAAAGAUCAUCGGAGCUCCGAAGGGCUUCAAAAGCAAAGUUACUUCUGUGAAGUGGGAAAAAUAUGGAUCUACUUCCACUUCCUACACACUGAGUACCAGUCGCACUAUUGAGACAUCGACUUUGUCAUCUACAACCACUGUCAAGUUUCCUACAACUCCCACUUUAGUUCCUGUGGUUCAGACGACAAUGCCAGCGGCAAGUUUUGGAAUGGAACAACGAUCUUUCAACUCUGAUGCAAUGUCGCAGCACACCGUGUCUUUUGGGGAACCAUUUACAUCGAACUCAACAGCUCCUUCUCGUAUAAAGCUUCUCCCAGUGCUUGGUGCUUCUAGCAUAUCAACUGCAGCUGCAGGUCCGCUGAACUUCCUUGCUACCACUGCUAGUUCUAGCAACUCGCUAUUCGAAGGUGACGCCAUUCUCUUGAACAGCACAAACAAUUCGUCCGAAAAAUCUGUUUCUAAAAUUAUUUCGUCACCUUUUACCUCAUUCGCAACUAGCAGUACCAUUCAGAAGUCUUUGGAUACAUCACUGCGAUCAUCAUCGCAAUCUUUGGUGGAUCUAUCGAUUUCGCCGUCAUUCUUUGGACCUAAUACUCAAGCCUUAAUUUCAAUGAAAAAUACUGAAAACGUGCGACCGAAACUUUUAAAAUCGGAAAACGAUAAGGAGCUUUUAACACAUGAUGAAAAACAAUUUUCCAAAGAGGACUUAUUCCCAGGAAACAAACUUCAAGGAAAGCCGUCGUUAGUGAAGUCUGUUCUAAGUUCUCCACGUUACCUCCAGAUGACAUCCACAGCACCUGUCUUGGUUCCAGAAAUUCACACCCAGCACUUGAAUUUCCUAAAUUUCAACGAACGUAGUCUUGUUUCAAAGGUCACUAUUGGGCCCAAUACUGGAGCUGAUGAGGCUACAAAUAACUCUGAAACAUUCACUUCGUCCAUAAAUAUCACGAGACAGUCAGCAACUCCAAAUAGCCAAGGAAGUCAUCAAGCGACUAAGCGUUUAUGGAUUAAAUGGGUUGCAAAUACACCGAAAACAUUGCGGUGGACACCGAAGCUCGGCUACCUUAAAAAAAGGGAGCCAGAACCGGAGACGACAAGAGGUCCUUUCAGAGUGAAGUUCAGUCAUCUGGGCCGAAAAAUGUUUAAGAUAAAAGACGGUGGACUAAAAUCUGGACGUCAUUAUUCCGUUCUGAAGCUUACCGGUCGGCAUGCUUUGCUGAUGUCAUUGGCCAAAACUUCCCUGGCCGAUCAGUUCCCCUCCACUACUACUGUUUCGACGACCAUCUCACGCAGUGAUUCCUCGGCGAAUCUAAUUCCUAAGCAAGCGACCCAGUCGAUAAUUGUAGGGACUCGUUUGCGGCACCCGCACCCCUAUCUCAAUAAGACUGCUUCAGUCAACAGCGAUACGCCGCCAUCUUCAAUACCAAUCGUUUGGUUACCAGUUGUUUACCAUACAUCUCAAAAAGAAGCAUUACCUGGAAGGAAAGGCUUUAACUUUAUUAUGAAUAAAAGUGAUAUUCGCGUUGUUUUUUUCCACGAGUGGAGGAGUGGACAUAAUGCGGCAGCAGGUGCUCGAAAUAUCAUCAAGCUUGAAGUGAACGUAGUUGGUGAAUCAACAGUGCGAACAUGUUUCCGGCAAUACCGAUCUGGUGAUUUCGACCUCGAAGUUAAAGAAGGCCGCGUGCGUCCCAAUGGACUUGACGACGACGAACUGAAGUUACUAAUGGAAGCAAACAGAGAAGUCGGCACCCUUGCUGUAGACAAACGCAAGUGGAGAUUAUCGCGUCUUUCUAGUAAACAGGCGAAACAACCCAGAGACAGUCACAGCAUCGUAAAGGUAUACGGAAAAACGUCCGAUAACAAAAUAAGAUCAUCCUAUCAAGACCAGAAAGUACGCAACACCGAACUCAUCCGUGAAGGAAUGGACACUAUCGAAGUGCCCGAGGUGAUAAACACCACCCAACUUGAUAUGGAUGAACUCGAACAGGCACUUAUGGAGAUUGCUUCCAUUUCGAGCGAUUCUAGUAUCUUAUUCUGUCCGGAACUGCUGCUAUCUGAUUCUUCAACAGCGAAAUAUCAUGUCGCAUAUCGGAUGGGAGAACCGGUGACGGCGUUGAAAGGAUGGCGUCUUCUCUUCUCGGCCAAGCCGAUGACGUCGUACCUUAUCCUUCUCGCUUGGAUGAUCAUGUCUUCUGUCAAAGACUCGGAUGCAAGUACAGUUACCGACUCGAAAUUUGCCACGCCCGCCGAUGACUUUGGGAAGCACAUCAAUUCGAUGGAGAAGCACGUCAGGCGGCAUGCUCAGGUAAGGAGGUCGAAAAGGCGCGAUUUCGAUGAAAAACCGACCGACAGACUUUCUGGGAACGAGGAUCUUCCAAAACAAAGUAUCACUGGCUCAAUGAAAUCACAGAUAUCCCAUCACUGUGUCAUUGUUGAGUGUAACUUUGAAAAAGGUAAUCUAUGUGGUUUCGAAUCGGGAUUACAUCUUCUGCCACUCUACAAUUAUUCUUAUAAAGCUAUCCCUGUUGCUUAUUUCACCACCAAGCUUUGGACAAAUUGGAAAGGCUCGUUCGAUCGUUCCUAUCGACGCAUCGAUCGAGCUCCCGUGUUCUCAGCAAAUAAUCAACGUUUCACUGCAACUCUUCUACGCGAAAAGGAAAUGUCUACGCUUUCGCAUAAGGUACAUGACAUUGACCUAAACCUUUCAUACAAUUUAAUGCUAACUCGAGCACAGAGAGAGGGUUUCUUUCGAAAACGUGACAGUAAAUGCAUUUGA